AUGGCAAAGGUCUUUCAGGAUGUGCAUUGUGUGAAAUUAUUCGACGAGUGGACCACACGUACAAAGGCACCGAAUCCGGAAAUAGGUGCCGAUGGACAGGGAUCGCAGUUCCUGCUCGAGACGUACGAUCAGUUCAAGACAGUUGAGCGUCAAUUUGAUGUUCAGGUCAGUUCGGGUGGGUAUUUGUACCUGGUGUGGCAAAGCUCGCGCGAGGAGGUUACACUGCGUGUGUCUGGGUUUGUUUCUCAGAUGAGUCUUCUGCCCCCUUUCAGGCGCUCAUUCAGGUUUGUCACUUCUGCACUUCACAAGCUGCUUGCCGAUGUGAUUGAUUCGUAUCUAGGCUGCCGAGGGGAAAUCCGAAUCUCGCUCUGCAGACUGUUGUGGUUGCCGGUGGAAGCACCGUUGUUUGACAGUGCCAAUCUGAACAUGGUUAUUGACCCGUAUGGUGCAUUGGCAGAGCUAGUUGCUGGUGGGAGGCUCUCGUGGACAUCAGACAAUGUCGUGUCAUGCAUGGAGCUGAAGGGCGAGUAUGACGACAGGUGGUCUACUCUUGUGCAGUCAUCCCUUGACAUGGUGCGUGCCGGUGAGCUCGUUGAGCUUUCAGUAAACUUUCGGCUUCGUGAGCAUGUGAGUCCAAAUGGGGCAAAUGUAGGUCGCAAGUUUCUUACACGACUUGACACUGUCAUGAUCGUGAGUCGCUUAGGGAUGAAGCUGAUUGUGGACUGCGAGUCAGAGCACUUGUCGAUGAUGUGUAUUGCUGCGGUGGCUGAUAACACUGGUGGAGGUAAGGCUCCGAAGAAGAGACGGUUCUCUUACCUCCAGUCUGUGCCUUCUGUUUUAACCAGUACUGAACAACACUUGAAUUCGCUGACAGUAUUGGACAAGACAGAUGAUGUAGAUCAGGUAAUGAAGCCGGUGGGAUAG